UGGGAACCAGCCCGGCACAUCCCUCCUCCUCACUGCCUCUCCCGCGCCUCCUGCCACAGGAAACUCAGGGACCGAGUGGAAACCUCGACCAAACUCCCCAACUAGGAUCAAAAUCCCAACUCCUGUCCUCUGCCCCCUUCGGCCCCCUCCCUCCGCUCCCUCGGUAGUAAAUGGUGACCCCGGGACCCGCAAGAUGAAGUUAGCAAACUUUCUGUUCCUUUUCCUCCUCCAAGUCUGUUUCCUGUGGAGAGGGACGCGGGCUCAGCAGACGCAGAUAAUCGACCGAGGUGAAACCUUUCAAGACUGCCCGGUCGACCUGUUUUUUGUGCUGGACACAUCGGAAAGCGUUGCUCUGCGGGUGAAGCCGUUCGGAGCCCUGGUGACGCAGUUGAAAGAUUUCACCAACCAGUUCAUUGACAGGCUGACCGACAGGUCCGAGUGCAACAUGCUCCGGACGUCACGGACUGGCAGGGGCCGUGGCGGGGGAGGGGAGGAAUCGAACGCAGGUGCGCUGCACUACAGCGAUGAGGUGGUGCUGAUCCAGGGGCUGGAGCGUAUGCCCGCCAUGCGCAAUGAACUGAAGAGGAAGGUGACUGCCGUGGACUACAUUGGGAAAGGCACCUACACCGACUGCGCCAUCAAGAGAGGCAUCGAGGAGCUGCUCAUCCGGGGCUCCCACCAGAAGGAGAACAAGUACCUGAUCGUGGUGACCGACGGCCACCCCUUGGAAGGCUACAAGGAGCCCUGCGGGGGCCUGGAAGAUGCUGCCAACGAAGCAAAACAUCUGGGGAUCAAAGUGUUCUCUGUUGCCAUCUCUCCUGACCAUCUGGGCCUCGAGCCCAACCUUGUGGCUUCCCGGCUGGUUCCCGACAACAGCCACCGACGCAACUUCACGGCAACCAACUCGGUGGAGUACACCAUCGAUACCAUCCUGGACAUGAUUAAAAAGAACGUGGAACAAAUGUGCUGCUCCUUCGAGUGCCAGCCUGCCAGAGGGCCUCCCGGGCUGCCAGGGGAUCCAGGCUACGAGGGGGAGAGAGGAAAGCCGGGUCUUCCUGGGGAGAAAGGGACUCCUGGAGAGCCGGGCAAGCAAGGCGACCUCGGGCCCGUUGGCUACCAGGGGAUGAAGGGAGAAAAAGGCUUUAAGGGAGAGAAGGGCUGGCGUGGCUCCAAAGGCGCUAAGGGGGAGAAGGGCAGGCGUGGCAUCGACGGCAUAGACGGCAUGAAGGGGGAGAGUGGAUUCCCCGGCCUGCCCGGCUGCAAGGGAUCGCCAGGCACUGACGGCUUCCAAGGCCCCGCCGGCCCGAAGGGAGACCCUGGAUCCUACGGACGCAAAGGGAGCAAGGGCGAUCCGGGAGCAGACGGGAAACCUGGCAGGCCGGGCAGCUCCGGGAACCCUGGCGAAAAGGGACAGCCGGGCAGUUCUGGAGGCCCUGGAGAGAAAGGGGAGCUGGGGGACGAGGGACUGCCCGGCCCGCCCGGCCCUGUCGGAGCGAAGGGCCGCGAUGGCGAUCAAGGGCCGCAGGGCACGCCGGGCAUUCGUGGGCCCCGAGGAGAUGAGGGGGAGCCUGGCCCACAGGGCGACCAAGGACGGGAAGGACCGCCCGGCGCGCCUGGAGAUCCCGGGGAGGCUGGCCUGAUUGGACCCAAGGGGUACAGAGGAGACGAAGGACCCAUGGGACCUGAGGGCCCCAAAGGACUUCCCGGACCCUCCGGAUUGCCUGGAGACCCCGGCCUGAUGGGCGAACGGGGAGCGGAUGGCAUCCCAGGGAACGGCACCGACGGUUUCCCCGGCUUCCCGGUGAGUUGUCUUUGCCCCCCAGGAGAUGGCUCUGUGGCUGCCAACGGAACCCCAGCCCCUCUCUACAACAGCUGGGACUCCACAGGGGUGUCCGUUCUCAUGGCUGGCCUCAGGCUAUGGGGGAACGCCUGUCCCGCCUGGACCUGGCUCCUCAUGCGCCGCGCUCACGGUGUCCUCUUUCAGGGCACAAGAGGCUACCCAGGGCCCAAGGGCGACGAGGGAGAUGCCGGAGACCCCGGACCUGACAACCCCAGCCCUGGCCCCCCAGGAUUGAAAGGGGCCAAGGGUCACCGCGGCCCGGAAGGCCCCCCGGGCCCGCCCGGCCCCCCCGGCUUCCCAGGACCAGACGAAUGUGAGAUUUUGGACAUCAUCAUGAAAAUGUGCUCUUGCUGUGAGUGCAAGUGUGGGCCCGUGGACGUGCUCUUCGUGCUGGACAGCUCAGAGAGCAUCGGCGACCAGAACUUCCUUCUCGCCAAGAAUUUCAUCAUCAAAGUCAUCGACCGGCUGGUCAAGGACGAGCACGUGAAGUUUGAAGCCGGGGACUCCCGCGUGGGCGUCGUACAGUACAGCCACGGCAACACCCAGGAGCUGGUGGCCAUGGGCGACCCCAACAUCAGCAACAUCGGCGCCUUGAAGGAGUGAGUGGUUUCCCUGGGCAUAGGGGACAUCUUCCGCACCUCCCCCAACUCAGAGCAGCUGGGGGUGAUUGCCUGCGAGGGCACCUCCUACCGCCCGGGGCUGUCCGUCCAGCGGGACAACUAUGCCGAGCUGCUGGAGGACGCCUUCCUCCUGAACGUGACCUCCUACAUCUGCCGAGAGAAGAAAUGUCCAGACUACACCUGCCCGAUUGUCUUCACGGGCCCCGCGGACAUCACUCUCCUGGUGGACAGCUCCGCCAGCGUUGGCAGCCGGAACUUUGAGACCACCAAGAAGUUUGUGAAGCAGAUGGCGGAGCGGUUCCUGUUGGCGGACAAGCCUUCGGAGGACUCCGUGCGCGUCUCCGUCGUCCAGUACAGCGGCAAGAACCAGCAGAAGCUGGAAGCCCUGUUUUUGCAGAACUACACCAUGAUCGCCAGUGCGAUCGAUGACAUGGAGUUCAUUAACGAUGCCACGGACAUCAACGCCGCCCUCCGGUACGUCACCAGCCUCUACCAACAGUCCUCCCGGGCCAAUGCCAACAAACGGCUGCUGGUCUUCUCCGACGGCCACUCCCAGGGGAUCACAAAAAGUGCCAUCGAGCAGGCGGUGCAGCAGGCCCAGCAGGCGGGCAUCAAGAUCUACCUGGUGGUGGUUGGCAGCCAAGUCAACGAGCCCAACAUCCAGGUCCUUGUCACGGGGAAGAGCACCGAGUAUGACGUGGCCUAUGGGGAGCGCCACCUCUUCCGAGUGCCUGACUACAACUCCCUGCUUCGAGGGGUCUUCUACCAGACAGUCUCCAGGAGGGUCGCUGUGAACUGAGUGGCAGGGAAAGGCCUCGCCCAGCCCGGGGACAGGCCGUGUGUGCUUGCGGCGUCUCGGAAAAAGUCAAAAGUUAGCGAUAUGGGCUGGACUUCUGUGUCUGUGUAAAGCCAUAGUGCCAGAGUCUCUGUGCACCCCUACCCCUGCUUGGAGCUCCCUUUCCUCUUCCUCUCCCUGAGUCCCCCCAGCAGCCGCACUUAAAUGCGGCUGCCCCGUGGCCAGCCUUCGACUCACCACCGAGCCCCAGACGCGAGGCAGAUGAGGCAGAGACCAUGCAGAACUCGCCCCGUUCGACAAGCUCGGUCCCAGAUCUCGCUUUCCCAAGUAAAGCCCUUUGCUUCCCCCGUUCUCCAGGGCCUAGCCAAUGCUGCGUUUAAGGCUCAGCUUUCAAAUGCCAGCACCAGCCAGGGAGGUGGGGUCCUGGCCGUGGCAGGCAAGUUUGUUUCCCAGCCCCAAACGGGCCUUAAAACCAUCCUCAGCACCUGGGAAAUGGGCCCACAGUGCACAUGGUUCUCAGUGCCGCAGGCUAGACUCCGUGCAGCACGGGCUGCCCCUCUGCACUUCCACCCAUACCCGUGGGGUUCACAGGGCUUCACUCCAGCCACAUGGGACCCAGAGAGCUAGGGACAAGCCAGAAGGGGACCCUGGGUGGGGCGGGGGGGAGAGGUCACUUGCCCUGUCCU